AUGCCGCGCCAACCACGAAUGCGAUGCGCGUAUGCCGAACCCGCCCCGGCGAAGCCACGUCAGGUGAAGCCCAAAAAGGUCCUCACUGAGGAGGAGAAAGCAGAGGCAAAGGUCCUGAAGGAGGCACGCAAAAAGGUUCGCGACGCCAAAAAUGCAUGGGAGGCGAGCCUUGUUCCCUGGACUUCCAAGGGUGACUUCCGGUUCCCUAUUGGAAUGAUGGCAAUGUACAAGUCAGAUGCCAAAUCGUCCUACUCGCUCAGUGAGAAGGAGAUACUUACCCUUCCACACGAGUCGAUCCCUGGUUCUUCCAAGACUUUCGUCUCUCAAGCCGAUACAAAAGCCCUUGCACAAAGGAAGUUCGCCGCUGGGGUGAGCAAGCCCGGCGUCGACUUGGACCCGCCCGAGUUUGGGCUCAGGCUCUUCAAGAAAAUGGAAAACAGCAACGUCAGCCGAAGGAAGAACUUCGUAGCCCAAUUUCCCGGAUAUGUUGAUCCCAGCAAAUAUCGUCGUCGCUAUCGUCCAUACUGA